AUGCUGAGGCCCGCGGUGGUCAUCGACAGCGGCAGCCGCUUCACCCGGGGGGGCUUUGCCGGCCAGGAGCAGCCGCAGUGCGUGCUCAGGACAGUGCUGGGGCAGCUCUGCAGCCCCGCGGCCACCCCGAGGAGCAGCCGGCAGCUUUGCUGUGUCACAGCGAGCAAUGUCAGCUCCGACACGGCGCCCGGGCCUUCCCUGCUCCGGCACGGYGUGGUUGAGGACUGGGACGCCAUGAAAACCCUGUGGAGCCACCUGCUCURCUGCUGCCUGCAAGCGCUGCCCGAGGAGCACCCGGUGCUGCUGGCCGAGCCCCCGUCCUGCCCUGCCAGCCACAGGGAGAAGGCGGCCGAGGUGCUGUUCGAGAGCCUCGGGGUGCCCGGCCUGCACAUGGCCAACAGCGGCUUCCUGUCGCUCUGYGCCCACGGCAGGGUCACCGGGCUGGCCGUGGAGGCCGGGGCCGCGGCGUCCCACGUCACCUGCGUCUGCGGGGGCCGCACCCUGAGGAAGGGCGGCCGCUGCCUGGGGGUGGCCGGGGACCACCUGAGCCGGCACCUGCGGCACCUGCUGCUGCACGGCCCCGCCGAGCCCGCGGCACUGCGCGCCCUGACUGGGACAGCACUGACCCAGCUCAAGGAGCAGUGCUGCUACGUCUCCCUGGACUACGAGCGGGACYUGUGGGAAAAGGCUUGCCAGCACCACGCCAAAUUCCAGACCCCCGACGGGCACUGGAUAACCCUGGGCAAGGAGCGCUUCUGCUGCCCGGAGCCACUUUUCCAGCCGCAGCUGCUGCAGCACAGCUGCCCCGGGCUGCCCCAGCUGGCCUGGCAGAGCCUGCAGACGGUGCCCGAGCCCACCAGGACGCACGUGCUGGGCAACAUUGUGCUCUCGGGUGGCUCCUCCAUGUUCACUGGCUUCCCCGAGAGGAUGUGCCUGGAGCUGAAYUUCCUUUCCCAAGGCACGGGCGUGCAGGUCGAGGUGCUGGCAAACCCCAGCAGGGACAUGGCAGCCUGGGCAGGCGGCUCCAUGGCAGCGUCGCUCUCGUCCUUCCAGCACACGUGGAUGACCAAGGGCGAGUACCAGGAGCACGGGGCCUGCUACGUGCACAGCAAAUUCCAGUAG